CCAGAGUUGUAGAGGACAACCUUGUCUUUGCGAACAUUGCAGCAAUCAGCAUAACAACCAUUUCUCGGACUCUAGCUAAACACAGAGUCCGAAUGAAACAACUAUACAAAGUUCCCUUUGAAAGGAACAGUGAGCGCAUCAAAGAACUCCGUCACCAAUAUGUCCAGAGAGUCAUGGAGUUGGAGGCCAAUCAAGUCCCACAUGAAAUUAUCUAUGUUGAUGAGGCUGGCUUCAACUUGGCGAAAAGGCGUCGCCGUGGGAGAAACAUAAUUGGCAAAAGGGCCACAGUCACUGUGCCGGGCCAGAGAGGAGCCAACAUCACCAUGUGCGCUGCAAUCUCCAACAACGGUCCACUCCUACAUAAAUGUGAGAUUGGCCCCUACAACACCGACCGGCUUCUCCUAUUUUUAGAAGAACUACACGAAAGACUGGUGCCAGAAGUAGAAAGGGGACAGGUGGGAGACCAUUUGGCAAUAUAUGUGAUCACAUGGGACAAUGUGGCAUUCCACCAUUCCCGUGCAGUCACAGCCUGGUUUGACGCCCAUCCAAGGAUGAUGUCCCUUUUCCUUGCCCCUUACUCCCCUUUCCUCAACCCCAUUGAAGAGUUUUUUUCAGCCUGGAGAUGGAAGGUUUUUGACCAUCGUCCACAUGACCAAAUGACCCUCCUGGAUGCAAUGGGUGCUGCAUGCCAAGACAUCACAGCUGAACACUGCCAGGGGUGGAUAAGGCAUGCAAAAAGAUUCUUCCCAAGGUGCCUUGCCAGAGAAGAUAUCAGGUGUGAUGUGGAUGAGAACAUGUGGCCAAAUGCAGAAGACCGGGCAGAUUAGAAGAUAACUUUUUAUUCUGGUGCUUUUUCUGUUUGAAUAUCUUGCAGUAAUGUCAUUUUGCAAAUAAAGUCUUUACUGCAGCAAUUAUGUCUCUUUUUCUGUCUUCUAUUUUUUUCAUAAACUGUACAUUCUAUAAAGCUACUCUGAGAUGGUCAUUCAUUUUUUUUGUAUUGAAUUUCUGCAGCAAAAGAAACAAAAUGCAUGGAUUUACUAAACCCAACAAAACAAAAAUGCAGAGAGGGUUCAAAAAACUGUGCAAAACACAUUCUAUGAUCAAUACAAUAUACUGUCUGUUGUACAAGGGCAUAUCUGACACAUAAAGCAAUGCAGUUUCUGUUAUUUCAGCUGAUGAUAGUUGUUUUUUUGUCAGUGUGUUAUGAUUGACUAAAUGUUUCAGUUGGAAGAGAACACGUGUUAGUGUUUUGAAUAAUUAUUUGCUUUUGAAACCUGUUUGCAUUGUUUUGUAGACAUAGUAUAUUGUGUUAGUGGAUUGUUGUAUUUUGAAAAUUAGUUUUGGAGUUUAGUUUACAAUGUGUGAUUU